CACUCAUAAUUUGAAAACGCCAACUCGCAAGCUUAAAGCCUUAAACAACCACCACAAACAUUCUAACCCUCAUUUCUCCAUCUUCUUCUCACUUUUCUCUCCAAAUAACUUAUUUUUUCCUACGCUUUUCACCUAAAAUGUGUGGCGGUUCAAUCCUCGCCGGACUUAUUCCCAGCCGCCGCGUCUCCUGCGCCGACGUCCUCCCCUCCGCCUCCGACUUCUGGCCCGCUGCUUUCACCUAUUCUGACCACAACCACACUCCUCUUCUCAAAAGAUCCAGAUCCUCUGCAGGCGAUGCUCCGGACAAGAACAGGAAGCAGAGGAAAAAUCUGUACAGAGGAAUACGGCAGCGGCCAUGGGGGAAAUGGGCGGCGGAGAUUCGCGAUCCGCGGAAAGGCGUCCGCGUUUGGUUGGGGACGUACAACACUGCUGAAGAAGCUGCCCGCGCCUACGACAGAGAAGCGCGCAAAAUCAGAGGCAAAAAAGCCAAAGUCAAUUUCCCAAACGAGGACGAUCAUUAUAGCUGCAACUACGAUCGUAACCCUAGAAAACUUAUCGAUUUCGAGCAUCACGCCGAAUUCAAUCAAAUUGGAUUGGGGAAUUGCGACGAUGUGGAAUUAUUGAAUAAUUCCGCCGAAUCGAAGCCUGAGGUGGACGGGAUUGGCAGCAAAAAUGCGGCGAUUGAACCUGCGGCGGAGGAGGAGACGGAGGAUGAAGUGCAGAAGCUGUCGGAGGAGCUGAUGGCGUACGAGAACUACAUGAAGUUCUAUCAGAUUCCGUAUUACGACGGUCAGUCGGCGCCGCCGCCACCUCCUGGUAAUCCGCCGCCGGAUACGGUGGAGCUGUGGAGCUUCGAUGAAGUUUCCGGUGAACUCUAGCGGAGACGAGGAGUGUUAGUAGUUUGUGUUAAUUGUAUAUUUUUGUUGUUAAUUAUUGAUUAAUCAUGGAUUAUUCGUUGUAAUUGCUAAUUUUGUAAUUUAUUGUAGUACUAAUUUUUAUUA